AUGCCUGUAUAUACCGUGUCAAAUGUUCAAAACUUAAGGAUAUGUGUUGUUAUGGUGGGGUUACCAGCUAGAGGCAAGUCGUUCAUUUCUCAAAAAAUUGUACGCUACCUAUCAUGGCUUUCCAUUAAGUCAAAAUGCUUUAACGUUGGUAGUUACAGACGCCAGGGUGCUCCCAGACCAAGUGCUGAGUUUUUUGAUGCUUCCAAUGAAGAAGCCUACAAAAUCAGAGAGCAGGCUGUGACUCAAGCUGUCCAUGACAUGAUGAAUUGGUUUGCCGAUGAGGAAGGGGUAGUGGCAAUCCUCGAUGCAACAAACUCGACGCGGGAAAGGAGAAAGUGGGUCUUGAAACUAUGUAGAGAAAACUCUAUCGAGCCUAUGUUCCUGGAAAGCUGGUGCGAUGACAAAGACUUAAUCCUCAGAAAUAUAGCAGACUUCAAGACGUCAUCGCCAGAUUACGAGGGUGUGGAUCCGGACGUGGCAACAGCAGACUUUUUAGAGAGAAUAGCCAACUACGAGCAGGUCUAUCAGACCCUGGAUGCAGCUGAAGAUCGGGAUCUCACAUUCGUACGAAUGAUGAACAUUGCGCAGCAAGUCAUUAUAAACAAAGUCGAGACCUAUCUGGAGAGUAGAAUUGUUUUCUAUGUGAUGAACCUUCAUAUAAAACCACGUUAUAUUUGGCUUUCAAGACAUGGAGAGUCUAUUUACAAUUUGGAGAAGAAGAUUGGCGGAGAUUCUUCGCUCUCGCAGCGGGGACUCCAAUACGCGGAGAAACUGCCAGAAUUCGUGCGCGAGUCAGCUGGUGACCGGGACUUAACUGUGUGGACGUCAACUUUAAUUCGAACACAGGAAACCGCUCAGCAUUUACCUUACAAGCAAUUGCAAUGGAAAGCACUCGACGAACUAGACGCUGGUGUGUGUGACGGCAUGACCUAUGAAGAAAUCGAAGAAACUUUUCCUGAAGAUUUCAAGGCCCGUGAUGAAGACAAAUACGAGUACAGAUACCGUGGUGGCGAGUCAUACCGAGAUGUUGUGAUAAGACUUGAGCCAAUUAUUAUGGAGCUCGAGCGCCAAGAGAAUAUUCUUAUCAUUACACACCAAGCUGUUCUGAGGUGUAUCUACGCAUAUUUCAUGAACGUUCCUCAGGAAGAGUCGCCCUGGAUGUCGAUCCCACUUCACACGCUGAUUAGGCUUGAACCCAGGGCCUACGCAACUCAUGUCACCAAAAUCAAGGCAAACAUUCCAGCUGUGAGUACCUAUAAGGGCAGAGGAACAAGUCAAGUUGGCGAAAAUGAAGCCAUCGCUAACAAAUCUUUAGAUGCGCUGGCAAACCCUGCCACUAGCGAUUAA